AUGAUUCUGAGGAUGUUUAUAGCCCAUUCGAACCCAAUAAGCCUCAAGGCCUUCCAAGUGUCUAUUCCUGCGUCAUCACAGCCAUGCAAACUCCUCGCGGCUAGUCCCAAACCCCCUUCUGCUGCCAUUCCCCUCUCUCAAAGCUACUCAGCUCAAUCAAGAAUUCCGUCUCUCAUGAUCCAUCCCGACCAUCUCAUACCCGCUUUCCCCGUCCCUCCCCCUUCCACGUCCACGUCCCCUGGAGAACCCGAGCCCAUCCUCCUCGUCUCCGGUGCCACCAUUUUGCGCGGCACCAUCACCACUGCUCCCAGCACCGCCCCCGGUAUUUCCACCGCCUCCACCGCCGAACGAGAUUGGCCUCAGCUCGCGGUAUCUGGACCCCCAAACGGCCAACGCUACACAGAUACCCGAACUGGCCGCCAUAGCAACCCACCACAUUGCGUUCCCGCGAAGUCGGGUACGAGCUUUGAACGGCCGAUGAGGAUGAUGAUCGCGACGGCCCUGUUGUUGUAUGUUAGCGCUGGUCUUCAAGCUCAUGCCCUUGCUCGCUCGCGUCCUUUCUCACUUCACCCGACGAGCUCCAACCUCCCAGAAGCCACAUACUACCAGCCUAAAUGUCCCGUUUGA